UAUCAUUAUUAUUAUUAUUAUUUUUGUGGACAAUAAAUUAUUAGUCAUGUUAACUAACCGUUAUUAUGAUUGGUCUAGCAAACAACCGGUUUUUAUUCACUUUCACUUAUUCCAUUGACUAUAGGCCAGAAGUGAUAUUGAACCAACCAAUUAUACAGAUAGUAUGAUCUAAAAAUAAGUUAUUGAGUUUCUUACUAUUAUAUUUAAUAAAUAGAUGAAAUUACAUGAGAAUAAAAUGAUUACAUUUUAAUUUUUAUUUCACAUUGCAAAACUAUCCGACUGAUAUUAAGAAUUUUGUGAGGAAAACCUUCCAAGUGAGCUCACAGAAAACUAAUCAUUUGUGCUGAAAUUUAACAAAUAUGGGUUUACAGCAAGAACCUAUGUUAUCAGGCAAAACUGACCAGAAUAAAGAAACACCAGUAGUUACAAGUCAACCAGUAAAUAUAAUUCCUUUACAAGACCAUCCAAUAACUUUGAAAUGUCCCAACUGUCAUGAAGAAAUUGUAACGAAGAUUAAAUAUCGUAAUGGUAUGCUAACUUAUGCAGCUUGUACAGGUUUAUGCAUACUUGGGUGCUUCUGUGGCUGUUGUCUCAUUCCAUUUUGUGUAAAAGCAUGUAAAGAUGUUGAUCACAAAUGUCCUGAAUGCAGUCAUCACAUUGGAACAUAUCGCACGUUACAAGAAAAAUAUAUGAAAUAAUGUUGAUUUGCAAAUAUGUUGUGAUAUAUACUUUUGUAUCAAAUUGGUCAAUGAGUAUGUUUCUUUGUUAAUUUUCUCUCACAAAUACAUUUAUCACGAAUA